GCUUACAGCAGCUACACUAGCGCACAUGCCCCAAAAGACAUGUAUGGAUCUAAGCUUUUGUGCUAUAAAUAUUUUUCUAUCCUGGUCCGCAGGUUGGAGGUUAAGUAGGUUCAGGCUAAUCUUGAUUUGUGACCCAGCUUCACACGUAUUGGUACUGAGGUUAAGCCCUUUUCCGAUGGCUGCUGCAUCCAGCGGGCUGUAAUGAAGCCCAAGCACGCUAGAUGGCCCCAAGAGAACACAGUGCUGCUUGGAAAUCAGAACUGAAAACUGCUGGCUUUGGAUUUAAAAACAAAUAUAUAUGUAUCUUCUCAUGAAAUUAUUUAGACUGAGUUUUUCAAGGGGACCAAGGAGCAAUUGGCACACCUGUCUUACAUGGGAAGCCCGAGAACUUAAAAUAUAGCAAUAGCACUGAAAUGUCUGAAAACAAUGAAAACUGAACAUCAACACUGAAAACUGAAAACAAUGUAGAGGAAUGUUAAAACCAGUAUUUUCUCAGGGAAGUCCAUGGACUAGCUGUACCCGUGGUGCUGUUUUCACUGCCAAUUUGUAAGAAUGGAGAUAACGAGGGGGGAAAACAUGAUUUUUUUUUUUUUUUUUUAGGUAGUUGUUUCACUGGAGAAUUAGUGCCCAGUUUCAGUAACAGGAUGGCUGAGUAGCUUUCUUGCCCACCAUGUGUAAUAGUGCACUCUACAAUGAGCUGUGAGGAGGUUUUGGAGCCUGAUGGUUUGUACAAUCAGCACUGUGUGCUGCCAAAUCGCAACUGGGAGGUCUGGCCCUUAUUGUGGUUUUUGGCCUUGAUGAAUGCCAUUAAAAUACAGGAGACUGAAGCAGACUCGUUUUAGGACAAACAAAAAACAUAGAUAGGCCUGGUUAACUACUUGGGAUCAGAAGAGUUUUGGGCUUUGGACUUCAGGAACCUGUUGAGCAUUAUAUUACCAUCCAAGUCAAUCUACCAUCCCCAUGGCUAAAUAAGAGGUGGCCAGGAGUGAGCCCAGGGGUGACUUUUAGCCCUUCGACAUAGGCUGUGAACCAUACUACAUGUCUUCUUUAGGCUUGGGUCCCCAGCAGGAUUUAUCUCUGCGUCAAGGAAGAUUACAGAUAAUAGGAUUUGCUUCUUGGAGGCUCUUGGCAUGUUUGGUGAACACCCUGCACAGUGCUGUCUUAAAGGAGAAUAUGGACCCUACUAUUCAUCACAUUUUUCUUCUUCUUGUGGCCUUCCACAAGAUAAACCUUUCUAUUUCAUCUUGUGUCACAGGAUGCUCUUGUUCUCAAGACAGUUUUGGAAGGUAAGAGAGCUAGUUACCUUAGCUGUAGCAUCAGUGAAGCAGCUGAGAGAUUUCUAUAUAUGUAUUCCUAUACAUAUUUGUUGUUGUGAUGGGGACCAAAACCUUGCGGCCUCAUGGUAUGCCUUUGCUAUAACUAAUACUGCAGAUUACUAUCUUGAAGAUACAAUUAUGAGAUCUCUUUUGUUUCUUUGAGAUAUGUAGUUGUGUGUCUAACAUUUUUUUAAUGCUUUUUAAAAAUUAUUUUAGUAGUAUUCUUAGUGGGAAAAAUGGGUGUAAAACUGAACUGAAGGAUGGAUUCAGUGCUUCUGCAUGCCAUGAAAGCAAUGCUUCGUAAUUCUUCAUGUGCUUGCAGACCGAUGUAGCGAACUGAUUUGUUAGCCACGAAAGUGGUAUGUGACCUAGAGAAUUUUCUUGUUUCCUCCUCAGGAGUUUACUCUGCAUGUCUGCACUGCUGAGGAAGAUUCCUGAAAGCAUCCCUCAAGACAUUAGAAAAAUUAGAAUAGAAAACUCUCACCUAACAGAAUUGCCUCGCGGGUCAUUUGCAAACAUUAGUGCCUUGGAGUAUCUCUGGCUCAAUUUCAACAACAUCACGGUGAUGCACAUGAAAAGUCUGGAAUACCUGCCGGCUCUGAAGGAGCUGCGCUUGCAAGGGAACAAAUUAAGUUCAGUGCCAUGGACAGCAUUUCAAGACACCCCAGCUCUGAAAAUUCUGGACCUGAAGCACAACCGGCUGGAUGUCCUUCCAGAACACGCGCUCCGCUAUCUGCCCAACCUGACCUAUUUAGAUCUAUCCUCAAAUCAGCUUACUGUCAUAUCCAGGGAUGUCUUCUACAGCUGGCCUAUCUACCAGAGAAGCCAGAGGGCGGCAGGACAGGGAGAAGCUAUUUCCAACGUUGUCCUGGCCCUCCAUGACAACCCGUGGAUUUGUGACUGCCGCCUGCGGGGAUUUGUCCAGUUUAUCAAGUCAGUUGGCCCUCCUAUUAUUCUGAUGAAUUCCUAUUUAACUUGCUCAAGCCCAAAAUUCAGGGCAGGGAAGUUUUUUCAUGAAGUGGAGCUCAACAGCUGCAUGAAGCCGCAAACUUCAGCCCUUGACGCCAACCUGACAGUCCCAGUGGGGCUGAACAUCACCCUGACCUGCUUUGUGCGAGCCAGCCCUGCCCCGGCCGUCUGGUGGUCCUAUGCACUCAAACUUCUAAGGGCAUUUAAUGUUUCCACUCAGCCCAUCAGCGAGGAGACUGUCCGCUCUGACCUGCUGAUCCCGGCUGUACGGCCUGCAGAUGCCGGCAACUACACCUGCACAGCCGCCAACUUCUUGGGCAAUGCCUCGGUGGCCAUCAUGCUCCACGUGGGUACCCCACCAGCCUUUGCCACGCAGCCAAGCUGGGCCGCUGCCGCCCCAGUUGAGCCAGGUGCCCAUGUGGAGGUGCGUAUUGCCAAGCAGACGGUCUACGGCAUCACCCUGGAGUGGUUUGCAGCGGCGGCAGUGGCAGAGCCAGGGGAGAUCUGGUACACACUGCUGGUAGGCCGCUACGACACCGCGCAGAAGGACGCCAUCUAUAUUGGCCCCGGUGUCAACACCUAUUCAGUGACCGACCUGCUGCCCGCCACCAAGUAUGAAGUCUGUGUGGCCGUCCGCAACCAAGCGCCCCGCAAAGGCCAGUGUGUUGUCUUUGUAACAGGCAGCGACGUCAGCCAGCUGGAGCAGCGCGAGAAGCUCAUCCACAUUGUUGUCAUUGUCUGCGCCAUGGUGUUGGCUGUGCCCGCUGGCAUGUACGCCUGCACUGCCGAGGCCCGUCCCGGCUGCCUGGCCCGCUGCCCUGCUGCCUGGCCCCGCCGCCGCCGUGGGGACAAGCCGCCGGGUGCUGGCAGCAAGGAGAGCACACUGGACAGCCUGCCUGGUGGCAGUCAGGAUGGACUCUGCCGUCCUGAUGGCGGCCGUGGUGCCCGGCGGCCCCCAGCACGCGAGGAGCCUGAGCGCCCUGGGAAGGCACGGCUGCCCCACAGGAACAGCGCUGACCUCUAUUAGCACAGUCCCUGUCCCAGCCAUACCUGUGGCUGCACGGCCUGGUGAAUGGUCUCCAUCCCGCUGGCUUUCUUGAGAAGGAGCAGUGAAAAUCCCCAUGUGGCACAGAUCUGGGGCAUGGUGCGGUGUACGGCCAGGAUCUUCAGUGGGCUCGGUGCCCCAGGACUGUGGGGCAUGCACCCCAGCACCCCGGGCUGCCCAGCACUGCCACAGAGCAACAUACAUUGGCACACACACACAUACUGAGAUCACCACUCAAUCAACCUAACAAACAACAUAGCAAAAACAUUUUGCAGUCACUUGUUAAGAAAUGUUUUAAAGCCAUGGAGUGGCUGCUUCAAUCUGGCAUGCAAAGAAAAAAACAGUAACAAAACCACAGACCCAACAGCUCAGUAGAAGCACAUGCAGUGACAGGCCAGAGCUGCCUGCUCUUCUCCACAUAAACUUUUUUUUUUUUUAAGUAUUUUUAUUAUUAUUUCUUUAUUUUCCCCACCCAGGAGGUGGUAAGUGUGGAGGCUGGUUUCAGCUCUGCCCUGUUCCAGGUGUGGACUUCUGCUGGCUGCCAAGUGGGAAAGUAAGAAGGUGCUGGUGUGGUUUGGGGUGCUUUCUUGUUUGUUUUGAAUUUUCCUUUGUUUAUUUUCUUACUCUUGAGAACCAGCAUAAUGUGGCAGCAGUGCAGGAUUUUACUUGUUUUCUGAUGGGAAUGCUGUACAUAAUACGGAGGGAAGGAACAUUUAUUUGUGUCUAAAACAUGUGUCUUAGAUGAGCAAUUUAGUUUCCUGCAUAGCCAUGCUUUUGCGUAACAAAAACCUGCAUAUCUAAUGCCUCUUGUUACACAAGUGUUGUGUGAAUUAAUUUAUUUUUUAAUACUAAGAACAAGAGCUGGUGAAUGAACAUCUUGGUUUUUGUGGACAAAUAGUCAAUGUUUCCCUUUCUAUUCUCCCCACCACUUCUCUCACCUUCCCCAAGAAGGCUUGUGGCAGUGGCUGAGGGGGAGGGGGAAAGAUGAUGGGGAUACUUGGCCUGACUGCUGCCACUGGGACAUUGGCUGCCAACACUGUGCAGGCAUGGCCAUGACUGUAGGGCUUUGGUCGCUGUGAGUGUUGUGAGUCUGGGCCGCAGCCAGACCCCCACCCUAGACAAGGAUGCGCCACCAGUCUCUCCUGCUGCUUCACAAGUAGCACUCGCCUUCUUGCUAGAGGCAAAAAAACCCAAACACCCAAACAUGCAUGUGGGAGCUACUGGCCCAGGCUCGCAGAGCAGCUGCGUUUUUGGGGAGGGUCUGAGGACACAAAACUCAUCUUCUUUUUUUUUUUUUUCUUUUGGCCUCGUGAUUUCCAGCACAACCAAAUUAUGUGGCUGGCAGAACCACAGCCCUUGUUGUAUAGGUUAUUGUAGACUUUGUAACAAAAAACAAACAAACAAACAAACAAAAAACCAAAAAAACCCAACAAAACAAAAACAAACAAACAAACAAAAACACACACAAAAAAAUCAGAAUAGAGACCUUGGCUAUAGCUGGAGGAAAAAAAACCUAAUGUGAGCUUUAGCAUGUGACAAUUUGGCUUCUAGUUGUGUUUGGGUGACCAAAGCUAAGCUUCCCUGUGUAUGUUAUGUGCUGUCCAAACUCAGGCCCCAUUUCCCUCUACAGCACUUCCACCUGCACGGCUAGUAAACACAGAUGUGCUAUGUCAAUGCUGACUUUCGUUGUCAUACCUGAAGGGGCUUCUUAGUCUUGUCUUAGUGUUAAUGUAAUAAACAUGACUGGUUUUCAGA